AUGGCCUCGCAGACGCAGUUACGUUUGAUUAUCUAUGAGUUCACGAGGAAAAUUCAAACGAGAUUGAAUACCCAGAAGCUGCAUAGCUUUGUUACCAAGUCCAAACUCGCGCGCGACCCAUAUUUCGCGACGCAACUUGCCAGAUUCUAUGCGUUAAACGAUGAUCUUAUAUCUGCUCGCAAACUGUUCGACGUAUUUCCUGAGAGAAGUGUUUUCCUUUGGAACUCUAUUAUUCGAGCUUAUGCUAAAGCUCAUCAAUUUACUACUGUUUUGUCACUCUUCUCUCAAAUACUGCGUUCUGAUACAAGACCUGAUAACUUCACCUAUGCGUGCUUAGCUCGUGGCUUUUCAGAGAGUUUUGAUACAAAGGGACUGAGAUGUAUUCAUGGGAUUGCAAUUGUGUCUGGUCUUGGUUUUGAUCAAAUUUGUGGCAGUGCAAUUGUUAAAGCUUAUUCAAAAGCUGGACUUAUCGUUGAAGCAAGUAAGUUGUUUUGUUCAAUACCAGAUCCAGAUCUUGCUCUUUGGAAUGUUAUGAUUCUUGGAUAUGGAUGCUGUGGAUUUUGGGAUAAAGGAAUCAAUUUGUUUAACUUGAUGCAACAUCGAGGACACCAACCUAAUUGUUAUACAAUGGUAGCCCUAACAAGUGGUUUGAUUGAUCCUAGUUUGUUACUCGUUGCUUGGUCUGUUCAUGCAUUUUGCUUGAAAAUCAAUUUAGAUUCUCAUUCUUAUGUUGGUUGUGCUUUAGUGAACAUGUACUCGAGAUGCAUGUGCAUUGCUUCUGCUUGUAGUGUGUUUAAUAGCAUCUCUGAGCCUGAUUUAGUUGCGUGUUCUUCUUUGAUAACUGGUUAUUCGAGAUGCGGGAAUCACAAGGAGGCUUUGCAUCUGUUUGCUGAGCUGAGAAUGAGUGGUAAGAAGCCAGAUUGUGUUCUUGUGGCGAUUGUAUUGGGGUCUUGUGCUGAGUUAUCGGAUUCAGUCUCCGGAAAAGAAGUGCACAGUUAUGUUAUUCGACUAGGACUAGAACUUGAUAUAAAGGUUUGCUCUGCUCUUAUAGACAUGUACUCAAAAUGUGGGCUUCUAAAAUGCGCGAUGAGUCUUUUCGCAGGAAUUCCAGAGAAAAACAUUGUUUCUUUCAACUCCCUUAUUUUGGGUCUUGGCUUGCACGGUUUUGCUUCCACUGCGUUUGAAAAGUUCACUGAGAUCCUUGAGAUGGGAUUGAUACCGGACGAGAUCACUUUCUCUGCUCUUCUUUGUACUUGUUGCCAUUCAGGUCUUUUAAACAAAGGUCAAGAGAUCUUUGAGAGGAUGAAGAGUGAGUUUGGUAUUGAGCCGCAAACAGAGCAUUAUGUUUACAUGGUUAAGCUAAUGGGAAUGGCAGGAAAACUAGAAGAAGCAUUUGAGUUUGUAAUGUCAUUACAAAAACCAAUUGAUUCAGGAAUUUUGGGAGCACUAUUGUCAUGUUGCGAAGUUCAUGAGAACACUCAUUUGGCUGAAGUUGUAGCAGAGAAUAUACACAAGAAUGGAGAAGAGAGAAGAAGUGUUUACAAAGUGAUGCUCUCUAAUGUGUAUGCAAGAUAUGGGAGAUGGGAUGAAGUAGAAAGGCUUAGAGAUGGAAUAUCAGAAAGCUAUGGAGGGAAAUUGCCAGGCAUUAGUUGGUUUUAA